AUGGUCGUCUGUCAGCGGUCGUUUCCCCACUCAACGUCGCGGGCUGGAGAUUGUAUUGCAGAGUUACUGAGCAUAUGGAAACACGACGUCACCCUUGCUGGAGCUUUGCUCAUGCCGUCACUACGGGAAGUCGCCACCUCUUGGGAUCAGUGGGAGAUGGUGCCACCUUGCGACUACCGCACACCGAUGCGAACACCUGGCGGCGGAUCAUGGACUCGUGGAAUGUCAAUAUCAAGCCGCCGGCAUGACUUCCAGCCGUUGUCAACAUACUUUAAGAUCACCUCUUGUGAUGUUUGUCACGGUGGAAUCAAUUUUGCUGCGAAACCAGCGUAUAAAUGUCGAGACUGCCUUCAACUCGCUCAUGUUUCUUGUUCUCCGCGAUUAAUUUUGCCUUGUGUUCCGAGAACACUCGUGUUUACCCGAACACCAAAUAGGCGAGGUCAGCCACUUUAUCAUCUACAGGAGUUCUGUCCUCCUCUACCGCCAAUGAUUGCAUUCCCAGUAAUCUACUGUAUCGUUGACCUGGAGAAUCGAGGUUUGGGUCGAGAAGGUAUAUAUCGCGUUCCGGGACGGAAAGAUCAUGAAGCAGACGUUAUCGUUGAUGUGGUCAAGUCAUUUUUAAGAGAGUUACGGGACCCACUGGUGCCGAAAUCGUCUCGUGAGGAGUUCAUUCGAGCUGCUCAAACAAAUAACAUUAUGUCUCUUAACGUCGCCAUCUGCGAUCUUCCCCAGCCUAACAGAGACACGUUGGCAUACUUGAUGCUCCAUUUGCAGAAGGUGGAGGCUUUAAAGGAAAUGAACAAAAUGACGUUCGAAAACAUUGCUCGUUGCAUGGCGAUUCCCAUUAUGGGUCAAGGUUCAUAUCCACGUGGUGACAUCCGCGUUGCAUCUAAUGACGCUCGCGAGAAAGAGCGAUCCGUUCUUCAAAUGCUCAAGAUGUCCUCGGCGAGUUUAUGCGAAUACUGGCUUCAAUUCCUGGAGUACGAAGAGUGUCAUAAGGAGAAUGUUCGUGGUUGUGGCACUCCUGCCGCUCCUAGUGCUCCGUACGAGCCGUCCAGUGCCAACAAGAGUAUGCUAGGCCCGGUUACAGUAUCACCUGCUGCCCAAAAUCUCUUAAAACCCAUAGCGAGGCGAGCGGAGAAGUUUUUUGACAGUCCUCCAUAA